AUGGCUAUACCCGAGUCUCGUCGCAGGACUGCGGGUGUUGCUCUCCGGAUCCUCUUUGACAGCGUCGAGAAUGGCAGUCUUGGACAGUGUGGGGCGACCCGAUCGGGACUUGUGUUCGAAGUCGGUGUCUCCGCUUGCGAAGCGAGCGAACUAGCGCUUGACAGUCCUAAUGGUAGUUAUGCCUUCGCUCAAUUUGCUGUUGAUGUUGCGGGCUGCUGCCGUUGCUCUAAUGCCGCCAUGUCAUUCCUAGGAGAUGGUAGCUCGAAGUUGUUCUUGCGUAAUUGA